AUAUAGUCGGAAUGGGGGGAUCGCCAUCGUUCCCCCGGGAAACACUGAGUUCUGACAAGGUCGUUAUUGUAACGGGAGGAAAUACAGGUAUUGGGUAUGAGACAGCCAAAUGGAUCGCUAUGUUGGGGGCACAUGUAAUCAUUGCAUGUAGAUCAAAGGAUCGUGCAAUGCACGCCAUUACUAGAAUGAGGGCGGAUUUUGAAGAUGAGAAAAAGAAGGGGACCCCCAAUCUGACCCCAAGGGAACUUUCAUUGGAGUUUAUGGAGCUGGAUCUUUCCUCGUUGAAGUCGACAGAGAAGUUUAUUGAAGAAUUCAAGGCCUCGGGUAAAUUACUGCACGUCCUGAUCUGUAACGCUGGCCUUGGUAUGCACCCUUUAGCAUACACGGAAGACGGAAAUGAGAUGAUGUUUCAAGUAAACUACUUGGGACAUUUCCUGAUAAUAGUGAAACUGCUCCCUGUUAUGUUCAGAAGCGGCCCAGAUUGUCGCAUUGUCUUGGUGUCCAGCAUUGCCCACAAGUGGACAUCCUUCGAUCUGGAUAGGAUACAAGCCAAACAGUACAACGAGUCUAACUUUGAUCGGGCCGAUUACUACUACAAAUCAAAGCUUUAUCAAGUGAUGCAGAUGUAUUGUUUAAACAGACGAAUAAACCAAUCGAAUGUCACUGUGAACUCGUUACAUCCGGGUGUUGUGGACUCGGAGUUCACGCGGUCCUUUACAGAUGAUUGUUCCUGGACCUGGAGAUAUAAGUGUGCUAAAUGUAUCGGUCUGUCUAUAACACCAUACAAAGGCGCAAUCACAAGCAUCGACGCCGCCAUCAACCGGAAACACGCCGGUUUGAGGGAUAUCUACUUCGACAAGUGCGCCCCUGCAACCUCGUCCUCUGAAGCUCGAAAUGUUGAAAAUCAGGAACAGUUAUGGUGGUUAAGUUUGAAUUGUCUACAAGGUCAUCUGACGGAGGAGGAUCUACAGAUAUUUAGUGCCAAGACAUAGUGUUUUUAAUUAAAUAUUGUUGGUAUGUGUGGCAAAACGAGAACUGGAGUGUCGACUGUCGUGAUCGUCAUGUUUUCUUCUCCAUUGUUCUGUUUCUUCCUCCUCAUUUUGCAAAUUGUUAAUGUUCAAUCAGACGGUGUUUUAGGAUGUGGGGGAUUUGUUAAAUCCGAUGUGGAUAUUAACUUUUCCUUGGUAGAGGUAAAACUAUACACAACACAUGGCAGCAUAAAGUACCAGACAGACUGUGCCCCAAACACUGGGUAUUAUCUGAUUCCACUGUAUGAGAAGGCUGAUUUUAUCCUGAAAGUGGAGCCCCCUAAAGGAUGGAGCUUUGAGCCUGAGAGCUACAGUCUAAAGGUGGAUGGGGAGACAGACAAAUGUAGUCGAGGGGAGGACAUUAACUUUAGAUUCACUGGAUUCACAGUAUCAGGAAAGGUGAUUAGUAAGGGUCAGUCUGAUGGUCCAGAAGGGGUCACUGUGACCUUGUUGAAGACUGGCACCACCUCUGUCCUCCAGACCACCACCACUGGAGAGGGUGGGACCUACUCCUUCUCCAAAGUGAUGCCAGGAGACUACACAGUACAGGCCACAUCCACAGGCUACAAGUUCUCACAGAGUGAAGCCAAGUUUACAGUGAAGAGUGACAAUGUCAAAGUGCCAAGUUCAGUGGUCAUCUCUGGAUACCAAGUCACAGGUCGUGUGCAGAGUGAAGGUGAAGCCAUCAAGGGAGUUAACUUCAUCCUGUUCUCAAAACAGUUCAAAAAAGAGGACAUCUCGGACUGUAAGAAGGACAUUCCCUCCAGUUUCUCCCACUCUGAGCCCGUCCCCCCUCUCUGUUACGUGGUGUCCGGUGAGGACGGAUCUUUUGUGUUUCCCUCACUGCCAGUGGGAGACUUUUCCAUUGUACCAUUUUAUAAAGGAGAACACAUUCGUUUUGAUGUAGCCCCAGGGAAGCUCGACUUUCAUGUCCCUCACAGUCCCUUUACCAUUCCGGAAGUUUUCCAGGUGAAAGGAUUUUCUGUGACUGGAAGAGUUCUAGAGACGGCCAAGGGAAGUGGAGUGGGAGGAGCCAAAGUUUUGAUUGACGGGAAGCAGCAGGCUAUGACAGAGGCGGGCGGGAAGUACCAUCUGGAGAACAUGAAGACCGGGACGUACAGGAUACAGGUCCAGAAGGAGAAUGUCUUCUUUGACGAGAUCAGUGUUAAAAUUACACCCAACACACCCCAGAUACAAGACAUCAUAGCAUCAGGGUUUAACAUGUGUGGUCAGAUCAUCAUUGAUAAAUUACCAGAUGGUGUUGCGGGGUCUGCUAAGAGGAGAGUCAUAUAUUACCCCCAGGGAAAGGCCUCCGAUGCAGAGUCUGUAUUGACUGACAGUGAGGGCAAGUUCUGCUCCCAGGUCAAACCAGGCAAAUAUAUCGUCAAGGUACACCUGACAGAUGAGGAGACAAAGGCAGGCCUACAGUUAGUUCCCAGUGAGAAAGAGAUAACAAUACAGAAUGCCCCAGUCCUGGAUAUUGUGUUCUCACAGUUCAGGGCCAAGUUGUCAGGAUCCAUCAAGUGUUUAGAGAAGUGUGGUGGGAUGGAGGUGUCCUUGAGUCCCGUCAGUAGAAGUGAGAACAAGCAGAUUACACAGGCCAAAGAAGGUUCAAAAGGGACGGUAUUCCAGUUUGAAAAUAUUUUGCCAGGAAAAUACAAAGUUACUCUCCUUCAUGACACCUGGUGUUGGAAAGACAAGACCUUGGAGAUAGAAGUCAAGAACAGUGAUGUCAUGAAUGUAGAUUUCACUCAGACUGGAUAUAUCCUAAAAUGUACCAUCUCUCACGAAAUCAUACUGCACUUUGAACAUAACAAGAAAGCUGGAUCUGUUGGGUCCUUCAAUUUAAACAAAGGCACAAACCGCUUCUGUCUGGCACAGCCUGGUGUUUACAAACUGAGACCAGACUCCUGUCACAAGUUUGAAAAAGAGGAAUACAUCUAUGACACAGGUAAUCCAGAGUUGUUGGCCCUGACAGCAGUCUCACAUCUGGUAGAGGGCAGUGUAACAGCUGAGGAAAAAGUUACUGAUAUUCAGAUUGAUAUUUCGUCUAGUAAAGAUGGUGAGGUUGUGACCCUGGGUCCUCUCACUGUCAAGGAGGAAAACAAGGGGUCCUUCAUCUACAAGUUCCAGCACUGGGCAAGGUCAAAUGAGAAGAUGGUUUUCACAGUGAAGUCUAAGGAACUCCUGUUUAACCCCAGCUCAGUGGAGGUCACUGUUGUCGGUGAUACCUGCCCUGGUGAGGCUGUAAAGUUUGUUGGGAAGAGAGGGAUCUUCAUCACAGGAAGUAUAAAUCCCAGACUGGCAGGUGUAACCGUGACUGUCACUCACAAAGACGGCUCAGCUGAACCCAUCGUCAUAGAAACACCAGCUUCAGGAGAGUUCAAAGUUGGUCCACUACACAGAGAAAAGGAAUAUGAAGUGACAGCGGAGAAGGCAGGCUAUGUACUAGAGAAGGAGAAAGAGAAACCAUUGGUAUUUACUGCCUCCAAGCUCGGGGAAAUCUCAGUUCAAGUUGUUGAUGAGAAAAAUCAGCCUCUUUCUGAUGUUCUUCUCUCUUUGAGUGGAGGAAAGCAGUACCGCAGUAAUAAUGUCACCAGAGAAAACGGAACAAUCAACUUCAUUGGUCUGAGUCCUGGUCAGUAUUACCUGCGUCCAAUGAUGAAGGAGUACAAGUUUGAGCCUAACUCCCAGAUGAUCGACGUCCUGGAGGGAACCACCAUGAAGAUCAGCAUUAAAGGAAUACGAGUCGCAUACAGCUGCUAUGGAUUUGUGACAUCCUUAAAUGGUGAAGCAGAGCAAGGAGUGAUUGUAGAGGCCGUGGGAGAAAAACCUGAGUGUAACCAGGAGGAGAGCAAGACAGAACCUGAUGGCUCCUAUAGGAUCAGAGGACUGCAGCCAAAGUGUACAUAUCAGAUUCGUUUGAAGUCAGAAGUCAAUCCACACAUAGAGAAAGCUGCUCCACAGUACCAGGAACUAGUGGUUAAGGAUUCUGACUUUACUGGCAUCAAUAUUAUUGCCUUCCGUCGUAACAAUCAAAUGGACGUCAGUGGAAAUGUGGUCACGGAAGAAGAAUUCCUCCCACAUCUCAAGGUGCGCCUGUACCGGGAUGACAAUCCUGAUUCUCCAAUACACACCUCCAGUCUUGGCCCGGUGUCUUUCUUCUAUCUCCCCUCACUACAGAUGACUAAUGAGAAAUACUUGCUACGACUAGAAAGCACUCUUUCCAAGGCAGCUUAUGAAUAUGAUUUACCAGAAAUCAGCUUCCAGACCAACAAAUCUUACAAACACUUCACAUUCCAUUUUACACCCAAAAGGAAAUCCCUGGAACAAGAGUUGAGUCAGAGCUCUGUUUUAGCUUUACCUCUAGCAAUACUUAUAGGAGUGGCUAUUUAUAAUUACCAAAAGUUAUUACCAGUAUUUUCAAAAGCCGUAGUCCAAAUAAAAACUUUUAUAGCAGCCAGUCAAAGUGAGGUUGCGCCUAGCAACGGUUUCAGUGAGCCAACCACAUACUCCGCUAGUUUUACAGAGCAAUCUAAAAAGAAAAGUAAACCCAGAAAAACGUAAUGACUAAAGAGAAAUAAGAAUACACAUAUAUAAUAAUUAUCUACAGAUUAUUUAUGGUUGAAUAUUAUCUGAUAUCAUAAUGGGUUUAAGAGUUAAAACUUUUCAAUC